CCAAAAACAUCACCCGAACGUUCAAAUCGUUCAAAAUUCCUGCUGACCCUCCUGCUAAUCAUUCCCAACAUCGCUUCGACAUUCAGUUUCACGCAAGGACAGCGAAAUAAAUCAAUUUCUAAUCAUGGUGCAGUACAAAGUGGUAAUGGUACGUCAUGGUGAGUCCGAAUGGAACGAGAAAAACCUUUUCACCGGCUGGUACGACGCGAAUCUCAACGCAAAAGGCGAGGCAGAAGCCAAAAGUGCCGGUGUCGCGCUGAAAAACGCCGAAUACAAAUUCGACAAAGCUUAUACAUCAGUCCUCACCAGGGCGCAGAGGACCUUAGCUUCAAUUCUAAAGGAAAUCAACCAGGAGGACAUCCCUAUUGAGAGAACCUGGAGACUCAAUGAAAGACAUUAUGGUGGCCUGACUGGAUUAAACAAAUCCGAAACAGCUGAAAAGUAUGGAGAGGCUCAGGUGGCAGUCUGGAGGAGAAGUUUUGAUGUCCCACCUCCAGCCAUGGAAGAAGACCAUCCUUAUUUCCAUACAAUUGUUGAUGAUCCAAGAUACAAAGAUGGACCAUCAAAGGAAGAGUUCCCCAAGUUUGAGAGUCUCAAACUAACCAUUGCAAGAACAAUGCCAUUCUGGAAUGAUGUAAUUGUGCCUGAAAUCAAAGCAGGAAAACAAAUCCUGAUUGCUGCACAUGGCAACAGUCUGAGAGGAAUUGUAAAAACCCUUGAUAAAAUGACUGAGGAUCAAAUCAUGGGUUUAAAUCUCCCAACAGGCAUUCCAUUUGUUUAUACACUUGAUGAGAACAUGGAACCUGUUGAAGGUGGCAGUCUGCAGUUCCUUGGUGAUCCAGAAACAGUGAAGAAAGCAAUUGAAGCUGUUGCAAAUCAAGGCAAGUCAAAGUAAAUCCUUAAAUCCACUUUGUAUUUUGAUACACUGCUAUAUUUCGUACAAAAUCUAUGAAAAUAAAUUAAAUUCUUAGUAA